CACCGUGGCUGGGGAUUAGAAUGGCAGCUUGUGUAAUAUGUUUUUGACAUCCUUAGAGUACAAUCUUUACAAAUGUGAAAAGCUAGCAUAUGGAGGAAGGAGUAGGUUUAUUUUGUGCUUUCCCAGAGAGCAGAUCUAGGACCAGUGAUAAAUUUAGGUUCCCAACAUAGUAUCUAGAAGAACUUUCUGUUCCAUUUAAUUAAGCAAAUACUGAAUGCCUUUUGCAUACAAAUACUUUAAUAGGGGCAUCUACAACCUAACAAAGAAAAAAGGAGCCUUCCUGGACUAUGAUUCCUUUUCUUGUUACAGUUUUUUCUUUUCUUUUUUUCUUUCAUAAGUCACUGAAUGAAUAGAAAACCCUUUAAACCAAGUGAUAGGUGCACCUCACUAGAUCUGGAAAGGUUAUGGGAACAUCCCUACAGACUGGACCUCUACCCAUGCCAGAACUUUCCCUCAAAGUCAAAUCCAACUCCUGGGUGGCUCACUAGCCAUGAUCAUCUCAAGCUGGAUACUACCAAAGCUGUGGACUGCCCCCCAUGGGUAACUGGCUCUACUCCUUGCCUUCCUUGACCUAGUUCCACCAGGUGAGAAGAGUGAUGACCAUCCUUUUCCUUACUAUGGUUAUUUCAUACUUCGGUUGCAUGAAGGCUGCCCCCAUGAAAGAAGCCAGUGUCCGAGGACCAGGCGGCUUGGCCUACCCAGGUGUGCGGACCCAUGGGACUCUGGAGAGCGUGAAUGGGCCCAAGGCAGGUUCAAGAGGCCUGACGUUGGCUGACACUUUUGAACACGUGAUAGAAGAACUCCUGGAUGAGGACCAGAAAGCUCGGCCCCACGAAGAAAACAAUAAGGACGCGGACUUGUACACCUCCCGGGUGAUGCUCAGUAGUCAAGUGCCUUUGGAGCCUCCUCUCCUCUUUCUGCUCGAGGAAUACAAAAAUUACCUGGAUGCUGCAAACAUGUCUAUGAGGGUCCGGCGCCACUCCGACCCCGCCCGCCGCGGGGAGCUGAGCGUGUGCGACAGCAUCAGCGAGUGGGUGACGGCUGCGGAUAAAAAGACUGCAGUGGACAUGUCGGGCGGGACGGUGACGGUCCUCGAAAAAGUCCCUGUCUCGAAAGGCCAACUGAAGCAGUACUUCUACGAGACCAAGUGCAAUCCCAUGGGCUACACAAAGGAGGGCUGCAGGGGCAUAGACAAAAGGCAUUGGAACUCCCAGUGCCGAACUACCCAGUCGUACGUGCGGGCCCUCACCAUGGAUAGCAAAAAGAGAAUUGGCUGGCGAUUCAUAAGGAUAGACACUUCCUGUGUAUGUACAUUGACCAUUAAAAGGGGAAGAUAGUGGAUUUAUGUUGUAUAGAUUAUAUUGAGACAAAAAUUAUCUAUUUGUAUAUAUACAUAACAGGGUAAAUUAUUCAGUUAAGAAAAAAUAAUUUUAUGAACUGCAUGUAUAAAUGAAGUUUAUACAGUACAGUGGUUCUACAAUCUAUUUAUUGGACAUAUCCAUGGCCAGAAGGGAAAGUCAUUUUGCGCACAACUUUAAAAAAAAGUCUGCAUUACAUUCCUCGAUAAUGUUGUGGUUUGUUGCCGUUGCCAAGAAUUGAAAACGUAAAAAGUUUAAAACUAAUAAUAAUAAAUUGCAUGCUGCUUUAAUUGUGAAUUGAUAAUAAACUGUCCUCUUUCAGAAAACAGACAAAAACAAAAAACAACAAAAAUUUGAACCAAAACAUUCCGUUUACAUUUUAGACAGUAAGUAUCUUCGUUCUUGUUAGUACUCUCUCUGUUUUACUGCUUUUAACUUCUGAUAGCGUUGGAAUUAAAACAAUGUCAAGGUG